CAGCCAGCGAGGGAGCGAGCGAGCGGGCGAGCCGGAGCGAGGAAGGGAGAGCGCAAGAGAGAGCGCACACGCACACACCCGCCGCGCGCACUCGCGCACGGACCCGCACGGGGACAGCUCGGAAGUCAUCAGUUCCAUGGGCGAGAUGCUGCUGCUGGCGAGAUGUCUGCUGCUAGUGCUCGUCUCCUCGCUGCUGGUGUGCUCGGGACUGGCGUGCGGACCGGGCAGGGGGUUCGGGAAGAGGCGGCACCCCAAAAAGCUGACCCCUUUAGCCUACAAGCAGUUUAUCCCCAAUGUGGCUGAGAAGACCCUAGGCGCCAGCGGAAGAUACGAAGGGAAGAUCUCCAGAAACUCCGAGAGAUUUAAGGAGCUCACCCCCAAUUACAACCCCGACAUCAUAUUUAAGGAUGAAGAAAACACCGGAGCGGAUAGGCUGAUGACUCAGAGGUGUAAGGACAAGUUGAACGCUUUGGCCAUUUCGGUGAUGAACCAGUGGCCAGGAGUGAAACUGCGGGUGACCGAGGGCUGGGACGAGGAUGGCCACCACUCAGAGGAGUCUCUGCACUACGAGGGCCGCGCAGUGGACAUCACCACGUCCGACCGCGACCGCAGCAAGUACGGCAUGCUGGCCCGCCUGGCGGUGGAGGCCGGCUUCGACUGGGUGUACUACGAGUCCAAGGCGCACAUCCACUGCUCGGUGAAAGCAGAGAACUCGGUGGCGGCCAAAUCGGGCGGCUGCUUCCCGGGCUCGGCCACCGUGCACCUGGAGCAGGGCGGCACCAAGCUGGUAAAGGACCUGCGCCCCGGGGACCGCGUGCUGGCGGCGGACGACCAGGGCCGGCUACUCUACAGCGACUUCCUCACUUUCCUGGACCGCGACGACGGCGCCAAGAAGGUCUUCUACGUGAUCGAGACGCGGGAGCCGCGCGAGCGCCUGCUGCUCACCGCCGCGCACCUGCUCUUCGUGGCGCCGCACAACGACUCUGCCGCCGCGGAGCCCGAGGCGUUCUCAGGCGCGGGGCCGCCUUCCGAGGGCGCACUGGGGCAUCGGGCGCUGUUCGCCAGCCGCGUGCGCCCGGGCCAGCGCGUGUAUGUGGUGGCCGAGCGCGACGGGGACCGCCGGCUCCUGCCCGCCGCUGUACACAGCGUGACCCUACGCGAGGAGGCCGCGGGUGCCUACGCGCCGCUCACGGCCCAGGGCACCAUCCUCAUCAACCGGGUGCUGGCCUCGUGCUACGCCGUCAUCGAGGAGCACGGCUGGGCGCACCGGGCCUUCGCGCCUUUCCGCCUGGCGCACGCGCUCCUGGCUGCACUGGCGCCCGCGCGCACGGACCGCGGCGGGGACAGCGGCGGCGGGGACCGCGGGGGCGGCGGCAGCCGAGUACCCCCGCCCGCGCCAGGUGCGGCCGACGCUACGGGUGCGGGGGCCACCGCGGGCAUCCACUGGUACUCGCAGCUGCUCUACCAAAUAGGCACCUGGCUCCUGGACAGCGAGGCCCUGCACCCGCUGGGCAUGGCGGUCAAGUCCAGCUGAAGCUGGGGGGCCCGGGGAGGGGCGCGGGAGGGGGC